UUCUACUUUUUGUUUUGCGGUCGUUUAAUUUAAACUUUACCGAACUGAAAACUUCAAACUUUCCUGGCAACUCGAAAAUGUGUCAAGCAAUCGAUAAAUAUUAGUUUACUUAGUUUUCGUCGGAGAUUUUAAAAGUUGUUGAAGAGUUUCCUCUGGUAUUUUGCCCCAAAAGCGAUAAACACGAAGAAGGGGUAAAGUUUCAAAAACAUUCAAAUGAAUUAAUAAUUUAUCCGCAUCAUGUUGCGGUUUCUCCUCCUAAUCUUAUUACCAUCGUUAAUUUUCUCGAAAAGAAAUUGCGGCGGUGUUUUCACAGCGAAACGAGGUAUUUUACAAACGCCCGAUUUUCCUGGAAAAUUUCAAACUCCCAUUGAAUGCGAAUGGAUAAUAAAAUCAGACUUCGAGAACGCUUCAAUCAUCGUAUAUCUCACUCAAAUGUAUCUCUACGAAGGACUUACGUUCACCGAAUACGCCCAAUACGAUAGACGGUUACCAGGGAACAAAAUCGAGGAGAUGCCAUCCGGAGAAGACAUCUUUCAAGUCAAGUACGUAAGAAGUUACAAGAACGCCCUAGUGAUAAACUUGAAACUCACCAGUUUGGAUAACGUCAAUCUUAGAGUUCAAAACGGUUUUAUGGACGUUUACGGUUUCAACAUUACUUAUGAGAUUAGUGACGCGAUUCGAGAAGAUCACUGCACCGUUAUGGAUUGCCAACUUAAUGGAUAUUGCUAUGAUUAUCGAACUCAUUUCGGGUGCGAUUGCUUCGAAGGCUACACCGGUACACAUUGCCUGGAGGGCAGGAAAUCUGCAUGCUAUAAAAACUCGAAACCGUUGUGCAAGAAUGGAGCUACGUGCAGACACAUCGGAGAUAAUGGGGUAAUGUGCCAUUGUCCGCCAGGGUUUCAAGGACGGUUUUGUGAAGAAACAGCUCUUGACGUACGAAACGAGGAUGAAAAGGAUUUAUGCGUUUCAAAAUCGAAUGUUAAAGGAGGAUGCCACUGUGCAGAAGUAGAUAAGCUACAGGAAUUUAAAAACGAUCUCCAAGUAUUCACUGUCACGUCUAGAUUCAAAGAUCUACCCGACGCGAAAGAAAAGAACCUCAGGGAAUACAUCAGUAACGAGAUAAUAAAUCAACUUGCACACCUGCAUGUUAAACACGUGCACGUUAUGAAUUUUGAGAUGAACGGACCGGAAGUAGAUGUAACCGUACGGUUCUAUGGGCCGAAAACGGAAGAGUUGAGAAUUACCGAGCUCACGAACGAGUGGUCAACUUCCGCUCGGAUUGGAAAAGCUCAUAUUGUUGACCGGGACGUGCAGUUUUACCAUCAGCCGAUUAUCCUCUCGAUUUCUGAUAUAGCGAUCAAUAAACACGGAGAAAUUCACGAGGGAGAUCAAUUUGUGCUUUCCUGUAAAGUUCAAGCUUCCCCAAACAAGUCCAUACGGUGGUAUAAAGAUAGUUUGCUAGUGAACGUAUCGAGAACAAUUCAUCGCUGGUCGACGGUGCAAAAACUCGACUCCACAUCCCAGUUUCAUCUGGCUAUGCUGGGAAUUGAUGCAGCUACAUUAGACGAUAGUGGAAGAUACACUUGUGUUGCUGAAGAUUAUGGCGUAAGACAAUGUUUGUCUAAGAAUAUUAGGAUUACUGCGAAACCCGAAGUUUCAUUGGAACCCAUGAGUUUAACAGUAGCUAAGGGGCAACGUUUUGCAGUGGAGUGUAGCAGUGACGCCAAAGGACAAACUAGUUACAGUUGGGCGAAAAACGGUGAGCUUUUGCCCAGCAGGACGAGGAAGGAGUAUUAUGAAACGCUGUAUUUGACAGGCAGUCUACUGAGGGUAAACGGAUUAAAUAAAUCUUCUAAUUACUCUUGCUUAGUUCAAAAAGGAACCGUCCGACGAGAAAAGAAUAUUUACGUAGUCGUAAUAGAUCCAACUGUAAUAAACCUUUGCAAAAUGGAUAAUUCCAGUGGAGUGCUUUGGACGGAUACAGCACCAGGAUAUGAGAACCUUAGGCAAUGUCCACUCGGAUAUCAAGGACUCUCAAAAAGGUCAUGCGUAAUGAAGGAUAACCACUUCCCCGCAUGGGACAUACCCGAUAUGUCGCAGUGUAUUUCCACGACAAUGACUGGAAUAAUUAAAAGGUUCCGAUACUUACGUUUAGGUUACGAGGCGACAACUCUUAACCAAACGGUAACGGAAACGUUGGAUUACGUGAAACGAACAUCCCUUUUAGAGGGGGAAGGAGUCGUUAUUGUAAAUUUAUUAAACGAUAUCGCUAAUUACAUUCAUCGGUUAAAUUAUUCAGAGGAUAUUGAAAGUAUUGCAACCGCAGCGAUUCUAGUUAUUAAUUCGGUGUUGGAACAACCGAAAUCAUUAAUAAAUGAGAAGCAAGUUACGCUUUUACAAACUGCGUUGAAAAACAUUUUGAUUAGUUGUAAACCAUUUUUACCUCCCACAGAAGUAUUCAAUGCGAGAGAUGAAAAUUUGAUAGCAAGCUCAUAUCCUAUAAAUCAAUUAACGAACUUUACAAGCAAUUUAUCAGGCUUUGGGACAAACGUAUCUUUCAGGUUAAAACACAUCGAGUAUGACAAACAAUAUUUAUCGAGUACAUCCAGCGUGAUAUAUAACAAUUUAUACACGUUUUUACCAACUAAAUCGGUAUUACGUAUAAAUGGAACAGAAAUAAACUACGCGAUAUCAUCCGAUAUAGCAGCUCUAUGGUAUAUUGAUCAGAGCGUAAACGAUUUCGAAUUAAUUUUAGAUUUUCAACUUAAAAGUAAUGAUGUAAGUUAUAAUUUUACUUGCGUCCACUCGAUGUUUGCCCCUUACCACAAUUUCUGGUCAACCGAUAAGUGUAAAACUAUUAAUUUAAAUUCAACCUGCAUCAGAUGCAUUUGUAACACAUUCGGCACGUUUACAGUAAUUGGAAUUGAAUAUAACAAACCGAAUUCAAACGCAAGGUAUAUUCCCAAUAGAAUUAUUGUUAUUGUUGGAUGUGCCAUUUCAUUAUUGUCGGCUAUUUUUACUACUACCUUGUUGUUAUUUCAUUGGUUAUAUCGACGAAGUUCAAUUACUUUUAUAAAAAUGCAAUGUUCGGCUUCGACGAUUGGGUCGAUGAGUAUAUUUAUUUUAGGAUUUACCAGCGAUUUAGGAGAAGGGGCUUAUUUAUACACGCAAGCUUUUCUACAAGUUUUUUUAUUAAUAGGGAUUUCAACACAAUUAAGUUUAUUAUUAAUUAUUUACGCGGAUUUGUUACAAUUAAAUAAAAGGAGAAAUAAUAUUAAAACGACUUCAAUUUGCGUUGUAACCGGCCCUGCAUUAAUAACAGUAUUUGGAAACUAUCUCAGUCAUAUUUCGAUGAAUUUGAAAACGAUUUCUUGGUGGGUUAUAAUAGGAACGACAUCAUUUUGUGUUUUCACGAUUUCUUUUUCAAUAUUAAUGGUGUCAUAUCAUAUGUUGUAUUUCCUUAUUGCGAAACAUAUAAGGAAUAACGAUAAUAUUAAUAUUUCCAAAAAAAGGGUUGUAUUGUUUAAUAGAAGCAUGUAUAUCUUUUAUGGCGAAUCUUUUGUAAUAUUAACCAGUAUAUUGUACAUAAAUUUAAAUGAAAACGUUGUGUACCACUUAUUAUUUGCAACAGCCUCAAUAUUGUUAGCAACGGCUUUAUUAUUUUGUUACAUCUUAAAAUCGGAUGAUAUCUUGGAACAAUACUUUUUAAAAAGGAUAAGUGAGGGCGAAGCUUCAAAGAAAAACACUUCAUUAAAUUCUUCCGAGAUAAUCGAAAGAAUAGAAACUGAGGAGAUAACGAAUAGAAAUGAAGAUUUAACCAAAAAUUUCAUUGCAACCACCGAUAUCCAAAACAUUAUCAAAAGCACCAAAGCUCCGGAUAUUUUAAACAGUGAUAACCGAGCUAAAUUGGAUUUAGUUUCUUCCAGCGCGCGAAACUCUGAUAAAUUAAAGAAGAAAGUUCAAAAAAGAACUUGCAACUGCUGCGUAAAAGAAAAAAAAAGUAAUGUUGUGCAAAAAUCGCAACCGGGGUGCUCUAAAAAGAUAUCUAAAGAUGAUAAUAAAAUCAAUGAAUGUAAAGAUACCGAAAUUGUAAAUGUUAACGAAGUUAAAGAAGAGGUUGUUGAGAAUGAUGGUAAAAUAGAACAAAAACCAGGGAAUAUGGAUGAAGUAAUGAUAAGUAUAAGCGAAGAUUUAGAUUAUUUAUUAAACAGAAGCGUCGAGAUCAAAUAAGACUGAGGAGUAAAAAGAAAUAAUUUCUUAAUAUCGAUCUCAAAUGUGAUAUAUUUUUGUAAAUUUAUAAAAUACUAGGCUU